CCCUAGACAACCACGAUGGACACGAAUGUCAAACCAGGUCGACGUUUGGCCAUAAUCGUUAUUUUGACUUCCAGCGUUGCAUUUUGUGUAUUUCCGGUCAACGCCUCACGCGAGGCAUUUCCAGGUAUGUGCUCCGAUGGCUGGCUAGCCCUCGGUGUCAAUGGGUCCUACAAUUGCUACAAGUUUUUCAACUUCUCGCGAUGGAACGAUCGACUCAACUGGACUAACGCCGAGGAGGCGUGCCAGUUGGAGGGAGGUCAUCUUGUCAGCGUUCACAGUCGACAAGAACAAGACUUUCUUAAUGAAACCAUUAGCAAGCACAGUGAAUGGUACCAGUGGUGGUUGGGUUUGAGUGAUACGGAUCAGGAGGGAACCUUUGUUUGGAGCGAUGGAACCGAAACAGAUGUACUUUUCUGGCAUACGAGACAACCGGAUGGGGGAAGACACGAAAACUGCGUCCAAAUGCUGACGGUAUAUCAUCAGGACGAAUGGAAUGAUAGGCCAUGCAGUCAGCGCAUGAACUAUAUUUGCAAGCGAGCUGUUUGUCCAAACGGUUGGCGAAAUAAUGGAGCAAUGUGUUAUAAUUUUGUCGCUUUUGGUCCCUUAAACUGGACCUUGUCGGAAGCGGCAUGCAAGAGAGAGGGCGCCCAUCUUGUGAGCAUUCACAGCCAACAAGAACAAAACUUUAUCUACCUCAAUCUAGGUCAAUACUCCUCGGGUUAUGAGUGGUGGUUGGGACUAAAUGAUAUUGAUGAAGAAGGAACAUACGUCUGGAGUGAUGGAACCCUGACCAAUGUACUUUUUUGGGAUCAGCAUGAACCCAGCGGAGGAAUUGAAGACUGUGUGCACAUGUCCAGGCUGCUUCAUCAGAACACGUGGAAUGACAGGCCUUGCCAUCAAGGAAUGCGUUAUAUUUGUAAGAAGGCCAUAGAUAACGAAGCUCCGGUCAUCAUAUGCCCAGCAAGCCUAAUUCUUGAGACUGAUCCUGGCCAGAGUUUUGCAUCAGUUCCUCUAUUAGAUGUCAUCAGUGCCACUGACAACUUUGGGAUUUUCAGUGUCACCAUUGAAGUAGACAGUGUUCCAUUAAGGAAUGCAGACGCCAUAUUGAGUCUAAAGACUUCUUCAUACUCGAUCCGGUACACUGUAUCUGAUGCUACUUACAAUUCUGCGAUGUGUGAAACUAACAUCAUUGUUGUGGACAAAACUGCGCCUACGUUCCUCGUUGGUUGCCCUUCUAACAUCAACCACUUCAUCAAUACCAGCCUUGUGUCAACUCCUGUGUCAUGGCCCACACUGAAUGCAUCGGAUCCCAGUCAACCGUUGCUAUGGAACUCCAGCCAUCAACCGAAUGACUUGUUUCCCGUGGGUAAUGCUACCCUGGUAACAUAUACGGUGACAGACCAGUAUGGAAACUACGUAUCUUGUAACUUCACUGUGACUGUCACAGGAGUUGGGCUGGACUGUCCAGAAAAUGUCACAACCGUUGCUCAGCCAGGCAGCACCUCAACCAAUGUUUCCUUGGAGACACCCACCAUUUUCUUCAGGGGCUCUCGGAAGGACGUCCUUUACUCCUUUGCCGACGAUAACCCGUUAGGAAAUGAAACGGGGGAGGGAAUAGUGCACGUUCACUCUGAGUACCUGGCAAGAGAUGUUUUUCACGUAGGAGAAACAUCAGUUAGCUACUGUAUUCAAGAAACUGGAGUUCAGUGUCAGUUUUACGUCUCUGUCAUAGGACGCUGCGCCUCUACAACCACCGCUGACGGUCUGUCGUGGCCUGAAACUUUGGAAGGAUUUAUUGCAGAGUCAAUAGAAAGAUGUCCAGUAACGACAACAAAUGUCGGCCUGCCACUCGCUGUUAGGAAUUGCUCAGUGAUAGAACCUCCUGUGUAUCUCCAGUGGGGAGAACCCGAACCACGAGACUGUGGGGAUGCGGUCAGUGUCCAUGAUAUAGCAAAGGUUAACAUCAGCGGUAGUAAUGUUGCUGAGGUGGCGAAGUAUCUUUCCAACCAGUCAUCGGCGACGCCUUUCUCUGCGGAGGGGUUGUAUGUUAUUUCACAGGUUUUGAUGAAAAUUGCUGAGACGGGCUCGGGGGAUGUCGAGGUAACCGAGGCAGUACUAGAAACCGUGAACAACAUCAUCUUAAAAGCAGACACGUCAACCGUCUCUAAUGCUAGCAGCAGUACUUCAUCCAUCGUCCAGUCUGUACAGACUCAGGUCUCCUUGACUCUUCAACAGGAAGGUCAUGUCAGCAUACGGCAGGACACUGUCAACGUCGAGGCGGUCAGUCUGGACCCCGAGAAGGCCAGCGGUGGAUUCAGCUUCGUGUCCGUACGUCGGCCCGGACAAGUCGAGACACCACAAGAUGAAUCGCUCGUUGGCGCUGAAGUCGAGACUUUUUUCAAUACCAACGAGAUACCGACGGAUAUCGAUGUGGUGGCGUCGGUUUUUUUACCAGGAAACAUUGCAAACUCAACGAAACCUACUGUUGGUAAUACCUCCCAACUGCAAGCAAGUUUCCUGAUUUACGCCGAUGACACCUUGUUCCAAUCUGCUUCAAUCAGAAAGUACAGAGAACAGAAUAACUCAACUCGUAAGGUAGCUGGAUCUGUCGUCUCCCUGACUGUUGAAAAUGUUGAACUUGACAAUCUUAUUGAACCGCUUGUCAUCAAGUUCCGGACACCCAUCAGCUCAGCUUCUGCGGAAUUGGACAUCAAAUCUACCCGGUGUGUCUCGUGGGAUUUUGGCCUGGAGGAUGGAGUUGGUGAUUGGUCGACGGCUGGAUGCACGCUCGCAGUGUCAACCAGCGAAAGAAUCUCCUGCCAUUGCAGCCACGCUACCAAUUUUGCCAUCUUGGUAAAUGUCAAAGGUCAACUUUGGGAUGCUUCUAUCAGACGAACACUUGACAUCAUCAGUCAGGUUGGCUGUGUGUUGUCAAUCAUAGCUCUGGUGAUCACGUUAACUACAUAUCUCUCCAUCCGCAAGCUGCGAAAUGGAAAGUCUCGUCAGAUCUUCAUACAUUUCUGCUUCUCCCUGCUAAUGCUGUACAUCGUAUUCCUUGCCGGCGUCGACAAUGCAAAGGGCUCUGGAGGUGGUUGUGUGUUUGUGGCCGCUUUACUCCACUACUUGACUCUAUCCACUAUGAUGUGGAUGGCUGUUGAAGCCAGGAACAUGUACAUCAGUACGGUGAAGGUGUUCCCAGAAGACAGGCCUUGGUACAUACUCAAGGCUUGCGUCAUUGCUUGGGGAUCUCCGCUGAUUGUUCUGACGAUCACACUGGCUACAGCUACCAAUCACUACGGCGCUAUGCACUACUGUUUCCUGCGACCUGGUCUUGUGCUGUACAUUGGUCUCCUUACUCCCAUCGGCCUCAUCCUCAUCCAUAACAUCGUCACCUUCGUAUUGGUCAUGCGCAGUCUCCUGACGGUCAAAGAGGCAUCAGGCUCCCAGCAGAUCUCCAAACGCCUCCAGAAUGCCGCUGGUAUCUCUGUCCUCUUGGGUUUGACGUGGUGUUUUGGGUUCUUGGCUAUUAACGAAGCAGUAUUCGCCUUCCAGCUCAUCUUCUGUCUGGCCAACUCCUUUCAGGGGGUGGCUGUGUUUAUCAUGUUCUGUGUUCGACGGGAGGAGGUUCGCACUGGCAUUGCACCGUAUAUGAAGCGCCUCUGCUGUGGACGGGACUGUAGCAUGCCCGAGCUGCAUCCCAGCAGGUCUUAUGAUGUUGCCUUAGUCUUAAGCUCCGCUUCUGAAUCCAGCACGUCUAACACUCCUGGUACUAAGAUCGACACGUCCGUUUCCGAAACCCAGGAAGGAGUUGCAUUUUUUAGGUACAUUCAGGAAGUCUAAAUGAAAUUGGAAUAAAAGAUACCGAGUUCAGCAUUACAUGUGCAGAGAUGUUGAAAUUAAAGGGAUUAUGGAUUGUUAAAUAAUUGUUAUGGUUGGCUUAUGGAUUAUAACUGAUUUUUAGUUUUUGAUAGCUUUGAUAUCUAACUUUUUCAACUUCAAUUAACUACAUUGGAUCCUGUAUUUACAGAUCUAUACAAACUGUGAUUGAGUUACAGGCCUAGGCGGACAUUUCUUAUAGCACAUGAUGUACACAACUACCAUUACGGUCAGAAAAGGCGCAUCAUAUUUAGAAAAACUGUUAUAAACGAACAUGUGACAGUCAUUAUUUUUAGAGUUUAAUUUGAAAUUAUUUAAAAAAAAAACAAUAAAUUGUUCUUUUGCUAAACUCCAAUUUAGUCCGAACUUGAACGAUAAAGUUUACGUAUGCCUAACUUACUGAGCAUCUUACUUAAUGAUGUAACGAUGCAAGGCAGCAAGUGGGUAUGAACGGUUAAUGUUGUUUUAAAGUCAAAUUUUAAAAGGAACAUAAUGUGUAGAAUAGCCUUAGGGUGGACUUGCAGAUAAUUUCAUUAGUGUACAUAAAGAAUAACGGCUCUGAGAUUUUUUUGGAGACUGUACAGAUCCGCUUGUCAAUAUGCUGAUGGUAGCGAAUAAUGUCUUUGUUUUGAUUAACGAGAUUGAGCAAUGUGCACUGAAAGGAAAAUUGAAAUGUAUACUGUUAGGUUAUAAUUGCAGUGAAUGGCUGUACAUGUAUAUUCACUUUAAUUCCUUAAUACGAAAUACUCCUGUUGGUGGUGAAAUACUGAGAACGUUUCAUUAAAUCUACUGAUGUUGUGCAGUCCGGUAAUGAAUCAAUCAGAAUGAGCCUUAUCUGUGUUUCAAGAAAUCAAGGUCAUUCGGGUAUAGGGACGCGCUGAUAGGGCGGGCCUCGCACGCGCGUCCGAAUGACUUCGGACGUGAGCAUGAGCUGUCAGAAUACUGAACUGGCUCUUUGUUCGCAGUCCGUCAGUACACUUCAGUUAUGUAUCCAGAUGUUUAGUGCUACUAAUAUACUAUUGUAUAUUCACGUAUAUUCAUGCCCUUCACUGUGAUUCUACCUCCAUGUUGGUGCGCAUUUAAGUUAGGCCCCACUGAUUCCAGAGCCUCAGUUUUUCUACACGAACGAGCAAACGAUGAAUCAAAAUAAUUUUUAUUCUCACUUAUCUAGCUAUUUAUUUAUUUGAAAGUUUCAAAAUCAUGUUUAUCUGAUAUCCAUGCACAAUUUAAAAGAAUGUCCUUUCGCAGCUAAUUGAUUUUAUUAUUAUUAGCAGCGAUACCUGGCGGUGUGAAGUUGGUUUCUUGUUCCUCGUUUGACGUUCGACAUUCAAUGUUGAACAAGUAACUGUUCCAUAUUCGAACGUUGAAUAAAAGGGCUAUGGAGUGCAACAGGGACAAAAAACAAACUUCCAAUAUAUGUUGAUUUGAAGCUUUGCAUGGUGAAGUCAUGAGAUGUAUAGUACAAUAGGCUGGCGGGUACAGCAUGGACUAAGUCUCCGAGAAGAUGUGUGGUUAUUAAAAGAACGACCAGUAAGUGCU